AUGGAAGACGGCAGUAUGCAGCUGCAGCCAGGGCGCAGUGUGGGCUUUAUGACGCUUGGCUGCUCUUUGCAUGACAUCCUCACCACGAUCAAAGCUGAAGUCAAGGCCUUCCCGCGAUUUCAGCUCUACCACGAUGACCUUCGUCCCAUCUCGUCGCCCGUCCAACUCGCGCUACCUGAUAACGGCCUGCGACUACAAUUCGACGGCCCUGACCAGCGGUUACGGUUGAUUGAGGUACUGGACUUCACCAAAGCAAGACUCGUCUACAAGGAUAUCGAGGUGUUCAAACCCACAGACAUGUAUGGCGGCGUGAGGGGACCUAGGUUUAGGCACAUCUACGAUAAGCUGUUGGGGCCUACAUACGGCGGAGAAUACCUUCCACCAAAGUCUGAAGAUCCAGACGCGAGAGGAACAUACAACCUAUCGUAUCCUGGCAUCGCGUUCAAUUUUCCGGUACAACACUCUGCGUACUCGCCGAAGAAAGAUUUUAUUUCUCUGUUAUCAUCCUCUGCUACAGGUCCUGCGACCUCUAUGGCUGUCUUCAGCGGCGAGUCCUGGCAGAAGGCUCGAACGACCUUAUUUACGGCCACGCCUUCGAAUCCUAGAUCUUCGGCACUCGUAGGUAUCAAAGGUACAGGGGGUGGCCCUGAUGAGAUCGAGCUUGUCAAGGUGCAUGGUGAGGGAAGAAUUGAACUUGUCAGAAGAUCUAGUCCUCCACUCUGGAUUGUUCUCAGCGAAACAACGCCUCAGGAUCUCAUCAUGGAGCUUGGUGCACCCGAUUCUAUUUACCGCAAGAAUGACCAUCGGCUAUCAAUACACAAGGAUCGAACGACGAGCGAUGCCAGUGAUCACUCGCCGGGUGGGCUGACACCUGAGGACAUACUCGACUCAGACCGAGGCUCAGCGAUUGGCACGGACAAUGAAGAAGAUUGGGAAGAAGACGACGAUGCGGCGCUCGAAGCUCAAGAGCGCGAGAUAGCUGCAGCGGAACACUUCUACAAUUACUACCACCACGGCUUUGACAUGCUGAUAUCACAACCGUCCCCGAUAUCUCCUCCGUCACCUACAGCAGAACGCAAAGAGUCAGAACUUCACGAAGAAGGUGAAAUGAGCGCGCAGCCACUCAAUCACCUGACUGUGACCAAGAUGAUCUUUCACGGCAACAUACCAGGAUCAUAUCAAUUCAACAGACAUAGGAGAAGCAGAUGGACCCUCGAGCAUGUCCCAUCAGCGCAGUAUCGAGAACCUCUAAGCUCUGAGAUGCGAUUCAGUGACAUUUCCGGGCGAUUGAAGGAUGUGUUCAAGACAUACUAUGAGAACGAUGAACAAGAGCGGUUGCAACAGCGCGGUAUGGCAUUGAACAGAGGCUGGGGCGACAGUCCAGGGAGCAGUGUUGAGCUUCUAGGAGGUUGGGAGGAUGCGUCUACUAGGCGAAGCCAGUUUGCAAAUGCUGGGAGCAUUACCGUGGACGGCACCACCGAUGUUGGGAACGUGGAGCUCUUUGGAUUUCCGGGACACUCUCGCGUUGUCUUUGCAAGUGAGAGUUUACUCAUGACUGCUGCAUUUGCUAUGGCCGAUCAAUCUCCAUCUUUAGCCGAGGUAUCACCGAAUGCGGACCUCCGAAGCUCGAAUGUCCAAAAAACGCCCCAAGCUUCAACAGUUCCUCACGAUGCCAUGCUAACCCCGACGCGCAUUCUCCGCGCAUCCUACUCCUCGACUCUCCGCCUCCCCAAAUCGCCGUUCCCACCCCGUCCGCUUCCCGAGAAGACAUCUCUCUACCUGCAACGAUGCGCCGAUGAUCUUUACGCCUGGCAGCGCACGCGCGACGGCAAGCCGUUUACGCUCCACGAUGGCCCACCAUACGCCAAUGGGCCCCUUCAUAUCGGCCAUGCUUUGAAUAAGAUCACGAAAGACAUAAUAUGUCGAUUCCAUGUCACGCAAGGCAACAAAGUCUCAUAUAUUCCCGGAUGGGACUGCCACGGCCUUCCGAUUGAGAUCAAAGCGCUCCAAGCAGCGAAAAAGUCUCUUGGUGAUACCGAUGCAGUCUCAAUUCGUGCUGCUGCGCGUGACCUAGCCACCACCACAGUCGAGACUCAGAAACGCGGGUUCAAGGAAUGGGGUGUCAUGGGCGAGUGGGACAAUGCAUACCAGACUAUGGAGAAAGGAUUCGAGUUGAGGCAACUCGACAUCUUCAAGGAAAUGUGGGAGAAGGGCCUGGUGUAUAGGCAGUUCAAACCUGUGUAUUGGAGCCCGAGCUCUAGGACGGCGCUCGCAGAGGCCGAGCUAGAGUACGAUGAAGGGCAUAAGAGUCUUGCGGCGUUUGUGAGAUUCCCGGCACAAGUCACAGAGGAAUUGAGGAGUAAGCUGGCGGGAAAGAAUGUGCGAGGAGAGGUCAAUGUGGUGAUCUGGACAACAACACCCUGGACGCUCCCCGCGAACAAGGCCAUCGCAGUGCACAGGGACAUGGAAUACUGCGUUGUGAAGGACGCAGAGAAAGAUGGCGAGCUGACAUUAGUCGCUGCGACAAGGGUGUCCGAGUACGAGAAGGUGCUCGAGCGCAAGCUUGAGGUCGUUGCGUCUGGAAUAAGGGGAUCUGAUCUCGCUGGGAACCUCCGGUAUGAGAACCCGUUCCAAAGAGCGAACGGAUUGCAACCUAUCAUGCACGCGGAUUUCGUAACCGACUCGUCUGGUACUGGGCUGGUCCAUUUUGCACCUGGUCAUGGUAUGGAUGAUUAUAACGUCUGUCAGGCAGUGGGCAUCCCAGCGUUUGCACCGGUCGACGAUGCAGGUGCUUUUACCGAAGACGCCUUUCCCGAGCAGCCGGAGCUUCUCGAAGGGCUUCCUGUGGCUGACGAGAAAAGGACUGGCGCACGAGCUGUCUGCGACUACCUCGAAAAGCAAGGUUUGUUACGCGCAAAGCAGAACUACCGACAUAAGUACCCCAUCGAUUGGAGGACGAAACAACCGGUCAUUGUAAGAGCGACCGAGCAGUGGUUCGCCGACGUUGGUGAUCUAAAAAAUGCGUCCAUGAGAGCCAUCGCUGAUGUCAAAUUCCUUCCUGAGACCGGACGUCCACGCCUGGAAAGCUUUAUCCAAGGUCGAAGCCAAUGGUGCAUCUCUCGUCAGCGUGCAUGGGGCGUGCCUAUUCCUGCUUUGUACAAGGUCCAGGGUGAUACGCUUGAGGCCACCAUAGACUCCAAGACUAUCGACCAUCUGAUCAAAACAAUAAAAGAGCGUGGCAUCGAUGCAUGGUGGACAGAUGCACCAUCUGACCCAGCCUGGACACCGCCUCACCUUGUUGGCACAGGGACUUACGUCCGUGGACGUGACACAAUGGACGUUUGGUUUGAUAGCGGCACAUCCUGGACGCUUUUGCCACCAUCUAAGGACGCUCCCAUCGCGGACGUCUACCUCGAAGGCACCGAUCAGCAUCGUGGGUGGUUCCAGUCUUCGCUCCUCACUCACGUCGCCUCACAAAACUACUCUUCUGGCACUGCACGCGCGCCGUACAAGACGCUCAUCACUCACGGAUUCACACUCGACUCUGACGGACGCAAGAUGAGUAAGUCUCUCGGCAACGUAAUCUCUCCCUAUCAAAUUAUGAGCGGAGAACUGCUCCCACCCAUCAAACGCAAGAAACAAAAGGGGCAACCGGCACCACUACCCGGCGCCAGUCCGACGUACGAUGGGAUGGGUGCCGAUGCACUUCGUCUAUGGGCUGCUAGUAGCGACUAUAUGCGCGACGUGACCAUCGGCCAGCCCGUCCUGCAAUCCGUAAACCAGUCUCUUCACAAAUACCGCGUGACAUUCAAAUGGCUCCUCGGCGUGCUUUCUUUGCCGUCUUGCCCGCCAACGUUCUCGUCUUUCAACGCUCUGCGCGAUGAAGUCCCAACUUCGCCCCUCCUCACCGAUACACUGGCAUUGCACAGACUGAGUCAAGUGUCGACGGACGCACACACUUACUACGCACGCUAUGAGUUCUUCAAGUCUUUGAACACGCUGAACCGAUACAUCGCGACCGAUCUCAGCGCAUUCUACUUCGAGACGCUCAAGGACCGCAUCUACACUGGCCACACAUCUGACUGCACCACUCUCCAGUCACACUUGGGUCUAAUCUUCUACGAGCUUCUGCAGAUCCUCGCGCCUGUCACGCCACUGCUUGUCGAAGAAGUGUGGGACCACGUCCCUGCGUCUCUGCGCGAGAAUAGCGUGCACCCAAGUCAGGCGAUAUGGAGUGCUCUCCCUGCAGCAAGCGCGGCAAAAGGAAAAGCGCUGGACACCGCUCUCGAGCGUCUGACCGAGAUCGGCAAUGCAGUCAAGGUCGCGCAGGAGCGACUGCGCGCUGGAAAGAAGAUUGGCUCGGGCCUCGAGACGGCGGUCACACUCGUCCUUUCCCCCGACGCAAUCUACGAACUCAAUGCGCUGCUGCAGAGCUGUGUACCGCACGCGGACCUCGACGUGCAGAGCCAGCUAGCAGGCUUGCUAGUCAUCAGCGACUUCCAGAUGAGCGCAGGCGCGCCCGACUCAGCGGAGGCAUGGGCGUGGUCUGAAUCUGAGGCCAUUGCGCCGACGAAUGAGAACAGCUUCUUGAAGGAUGCGACGGUCCUUGUGCAUCCUCCUUCGCUGCAGAAGUGUCCGAGAUGCUGGCGCUUUGCGAAGGCGGUGGAAGAGGAGUUGUGUCAUAGGUGCGACGAGGUCGUUAGGGAGGUUGUGUAA